AUUCAGAUCAGCCCUGAAAUGUCGCUGUCAAAGAUCACACGUCUCCCUUCACGAAGGCUGCUGAGCUCCAUCCACCAGCAGCAGCUGCUCCUGCCCUCCAUCACCCCCCUCACUGUGCCCAGGAGAGCUGUGAUCCAGGGUCAAUACAGACGACCUGGUCAGCCCAAAGAAGACAAGUUUCCAUGGCAGAAGAUUAAGUUCGACUUUGCAAAGGGUGUGGAAGGGAUAAAGAAGCAUUUCACACUGCUGAAAACUGAGUUUUUUGACCGCUGGGUUGGUCCAGAAGGAAAACCAAUUAUUGACCACAUGCUGGAGCAGAACAGAGUGAUAUGGGAGUUCAGAGGUCCAGAGAGUCUGGAGGGGUGGACGGUGUCCUCAGAUUGUGAGAUAGGAGGCCAAAGCGAAGUUUACUUGAAGCUUGGCAAAAACAACAAUACCUGUUUUCUGUACGGGACUCUGAGCUCAACUCCUCCAAAGGAUGGAGAAACACGCUACAGUGGCUACUGCACUAUGCGUUCAAAACAACCACUGGCUUCCUUUGAUAGGAAAAAGCACUACGAUUGGACCAAUUUCAACACCCUGUUUUUGCGUAUACGUGGUGACGGCCGUCCGUGGAUGAUCAACAUUGCAACAGAAACAUACUUCUCUCACCAGAAAGACGACAUAUACUGUUACUUUCUGUAUACCAGAGGAGGACCGUACUGGCAAGACGUCAAGAUACCUUUCUCCAAGUUCUUCCUUACACAUCGUGGGAGAAUACAGGAUGAUCAGCAUCCUCUCUGGCUGGACAAGAUUAACACCAUUGGAUUUACCUUGGGAGAUAAAGCAGAUGGUCCGUUCCAGCUGGAGAUUGAUUACAUUGGUGUGUGCAAAGAUUAUGCACACACUGAGGAGUUUGCCUAUGAGGUGUACAAGAGGAAUCCUGAAGUUUGACUGACAACUACUGCAAAACUGCAGAUGAACUAUUACUGAAGAAGAGCUGCACUCUUCUGCUACUAUCACUAAACAAAUGUACCGCCCUCUUGAGGUGGACAACCGAUUAUACCACAUUCACCACUCUUGGCAAUAAGGCUGUGUAUCUGUAUUCUAAUAUGUACUGUGAUACCUCACUGUCAGACAUUUGUUACCUGCAGAGCUUAAUAAAACUUGUCAAGGAGUGUGUCUCUGGUGA